AUGCUUUUGUUGUUGAAUGUGAGUGGAGAACAAUAUGAGCUCGUCGACUAUGGCGAUGGCUGUUAUGAGGUUAUCGUGAUGAGGAAGAGAGAUUGAUUCUGAGAGAGAGAUAUAUCUUCUUGUCUUUCAUUGAUCUAUUCUCUUGUACUCAUCAUUAUCAUCAAUAGAAGCAGCAUUUACAGAGUUCACAAGUCUGAACUCUAUCACAUCCUUCUCCGUUAGUGUUCCGAUUUGUCACAGAGGAUCCGCGAAAGAUUACAUCUUGGGGUUUCGAGAUCGGAAUUGUCCUUGUAGCGAUGAAUCAGCCUCGCGUCGUCCUCGUUUUGUCUCCGUCACCGAGGGAGAUGAUCGAUGGUUACAAAUGGCUUCAGAUAUGAUACAUGAGGACAAGUGUGACUAUGUGGCUUUACUCUUCUAUGCAUCUUGGUGUCCUUUCUCUGGAUCAAUUAGACCAAGCUUUGAUGUCAUCUCUUUGAUAUAUUCAUCGGUUCCUCACUUUGCAAUUGAAGAAUCAUCAGUCAAGGCAAGUACACUUUCCAAGUAUGGAGUUCAUGGGUUUCCCACUAUCAUCCUUUUGAAUUCAACAAUGCGCCUAGCUUACCGUGGAUCCAGAACUCUAGACUCUAUUGUUACCUUUUACCGUGAUAUUACUGGCAUUGAAACGCUAGAUGAAACUUCGGUUGAGAAAAACAGGUUAGUUCCUCAAUUCGGUAACCAAAACAGCAUAGAACCAGAAAACUGUCCUGUCUCAUGGGCAAGAAGAUCACCUGAUAAUUUGUUUCGCCAAGAGACUUAUUUGGCUCUUGCCACAGUAUUCGUCGUGUUGAGAUUGCUACACUUGAUUUUCCCCGUAUUGGUUACGUUAGCGAAAUUCACUUGGGGGCGAAUUGCUCGGAACAUGAGACCUGGGAACUUCUUGGAGCAUGUCGUCGCUAUGUAUCUCAAAGAACCUUGCAUGAGUAGCAAUUUGCAAGGAGCCAUGAAUGCUAGAGCAUGGGCUUCAAAAUCUUUGGCUACUGUAUCAAUUGGUGAUUCAAGCCUGACAUCAAGCAGAAGCGUUUCAACUUCACAGUGAGCCAUCAGUAACUAUUUUGUUUUUUCUUUUUGGGGAUUUUGUCCUUUCUUGUAUAAUCAAUCACAACAGUUCCUCAAACCAACGAGGGGCCUUUUAAUUCAUAGCUUUACCAUUUUGGCAAAGUUUAAAAUUACAAAUUGUAG